UUGUUCUAUACCUAUCCUUUCUUGCCUACGUCGUCUCAAUGGUUCAUUUCUUGCAGUGUUUCUAACGUAUAUCGUUGUGGAUACCACCAUCCUCGUUAAUCUAAACGGUGAACUGAGGUUCGAAGGAAUGAGAAAUAAUAUAGAUAAUCGACUUAUCGUACUUCCCUUGGCAUAAAGCAAGAGACCAACCGAAGGAUACGUAAAGCGACGGCAGAUCGAUUUCACCUGUGCAUAACAGCAUUUUUACAAUUUUAAUUACCAUUUGGAUCGGCGCAUCGUUCAGGAAUAACUACGAGUGGUUCAACGGCAAUUUUCGACGACUUCGAGGCAUGGCAGAUGCGACAUUGAAAGUACUCCUAGCAACUAACAAUUUAUAUAUUUUUGAUAGCGACCAUAGACGUACUGGAUUAAUCUUGUUGAGGUAUUUAAUACGAACUUUCACUGCUGUGUUAUGCGUCUUCCCAUUUAGUAGAAGAAGUGCCGCUAAGUUUUCAGGUAGAAAAAAGGCGUGAAGCAGGGGAAAAUGUUAAGUCGUUGUGUGUCAACUUUUGGCAGACAUUCGACAGGCCGAUGGGGUAUCCGGGCAUUGAGUACGAAGGCACCACUUAAAACACCUCUUUACGAUUUUCACGUGAAUCACGGAGGAAAGAUGGUUCCGUUCGCAGGUUACUCAAUGCCGGUAGAGUAUGCGGGCCUUUCGAUAUCAGCGUCUCAUGUACACACCCGGAACCACGUCUCAGUAUUCGAUGUGUCACACAUGCUUCAGAGUAAACUUCAUGGUAACGAAAGAGUAGAUUUUAUCGAAUCGUUGGUGGUUGCCGACGUUAAGGGCCUUAAGCCAAAUGCGGGUACCCUGACUGUCUAUACGACACCUUCUGGGGGCAUCAUAGAUGAUCUGAUCGUGUCAUCUACUCCUGAAUAUCUGUACAUCGUGAGCAACGCAGGCUGUGUUGAGAAGGAUUUAAAGCACGUACGAGCGAAUCUAAGGAAAUGGAAAGACGUGGAACUUGAGAUUAUUACUGACCAUGUCCUUUUGGCUGUCCAGGGCCCGCAGACUGCGACGGUUCUAUCAAAUUUAGUGUCAUGUAAUAUGAACGAGCUGAAAUUCAUGGAUACAACUUUGUGCGACGUUGCUGGAGUUCCAUGCAGAGUGACUCGAUGCGGUUACACCGGCGAGGAUGGUGUGGAAAUAUCGAUUCCCUCAGUAAAGGCAAAUGACGUGAUUAAAGCCCUUCUGGCGUCUAAGGAUGGAGAUGUGAAGAUGGCAGGGCUUGGUGCCCGGGACACCUUGCGACUCGAAGCUGGCCUUUGCCUAUACGGCAAUGAUAUCAACGAGACAACGUCUCCGAUCGAAGCGGGCCUAGCUUUUACUGUAGGUAAACGGAGGCGCACUGAAGGUGGAUUUCCUGGCCACGAUGUGAUCAUGCAGCAGCUUAAGGAAAAGCCCAAUCGGAGACGCGUAGGAUUCAGACUCGAAGCGGGAGCACCCGCUAGACACGGAGCAGACAUUUUGCAUUCAGGACAAAAAAUCGGUGAAGUAACUUCCGGUGCGCCGUCUCCCAGUCUGGGCUACAAUAUUGCUAUGGGUUACGUACCAACUUUUCUUUCCAAAAAUGGGACACAACUUACCAUCAAGGUUCGAAACAAGGAGGUGAAGGCAACAGUCGUCAAGAUGCCAUUUGUUAGCACUCAUUAUUUUACCUAACUUUUUUAGGCCUGAAGUCCACACACCCCAAUGGGCUGUAUGGGGACUGCUUGUCCUGUUGCGUUUGUGCUGAGAAGACCCAAAUCUCGUUACAUCGAAUUGCUGCUUUAGUCAGUGUGAUCGAGAAAGGUUUUUACUUGGAUUUUAUAUUUGACUCUCAAGAAGCCAUUGUUUAUAUAUAUAUAUAUAUAUAUGUAUUA